UACGAAAAGCCGUCAAAGAUAAUGCACAAAACUCAAACAUAGAACAUUUUCUUUACGGAGGAACACCCGUAACCUGGCGUGGAAUCUGUCCAUGUGUUGGAAAGUGUUCUUGCCCAAAUAAUUACAAUCCAAUCUGUGGGAAAGACGGGCAAAAUUACGGGAAUAAGUGCUUAGCUAAAUGCGCAAAUGCGAAGAUAGCUUGCAUGGAGAAAUGUCCUUGUCCACAGCUCUUCUCCAGUGCAGGUGUCCUGGAGACGUUUGCCUGUAUCUGGAGCCGACGGAAUAACAUACAACAACCAGCGCGAAGCGACCUGAACGUCGGUGUUGUUCGCAAAGGCAAAUGCGCUUGUCGUGUCUGUGCAUGCCUGCCAGAUCCAGAGUCUAAACCAGUGUGUGUCAUCGACGGAUCUCUAGAAUAA